AUGCCAGAGAUUCAGACGGGUAACGGAGCUCACACUAUUUGCUCCCAUGGCAAAGAACUCGCAAGGGAGCAUUCGCACGAUUGGAUGGUCCUUAUCCUCUUAGCAUCGAUCGAUCUGUUCCUAAACAUUAUCGAACCUUUCCACCGCUAUGUCGGAGAAGAAAUGAUGGUUGAUAUGAAAUACCCGUUCUACGAAAAAGACACCAUUCCUAUGUAUGCAGUUCCGUCGUAUGCAGUGGUGCUACCAUGUGUAGUAUUCUUCAUGUAUUACUUGUACCGGAAGGAUGUCUAUGAUUUGCACCAUGCUAUUCUUGGUCUUUUCUACGCAGUUCUGAUAACAGCAGUCAUCACAGAUUCGAUAAAAGACGCAACAGGUCGACCACGACCAAAUUUCUUCUAUAGAUGCUUUCCAGAUGGAAAAGCGGCAUUCAAGGACAAUGGAGAUGUUCUAUGCCAUGGGGAUCCCCUGAUAAUAAAAGAAGGAUACAAGAGCUUCCCAAGUGGCCAUACUUCGUGGUCGUUUGCGGGUCUUGGCUUCCUUGCUUGGUACUUAUGCGGAAAACUUAGAACCUUUGAUAAUAAGGGUCAUGUGGCGAGCCUGUGCAUCGUCGUGUCUCCAUAUCUUUUUGCUGCGCUUGUUGGAGUGAGUCGCGUCGACGACUACUGGCAUCAUUGGACAGAUGUUUUUACCGGAGCAAUCAUAGGAACAACUGUUGCUGCAUUUUGCUACCUGCAAUUCUUCCCAUUCCCGAAUCACGAAAAUGGUUGGGCACCUCAUGCGUUUUUCCACGUGAUGGAACGAGAACACUCUGUACACACAGGAACUGCGAAUGCUCGUGCCAACGACUUGGAAGGGCAAGGAGGGGAGACUAGAAAUUGA